ACCAUGCCCUCCACAUGUUCCACUGCCUCUUCUCUUCUCACUUGGGAACUCCAGUCUCACCUCGGCUUGCAAGUGACCCCAACUGCUCCUGCGCCGCUGGUGGCUCCUGCGCCUGCGCCGGCUCCUGCAAGUGCAAAAAGUGCAAAUGCACCUCCUGCAAGAAGAGCUGCUGCUCCUGUUGCCCCCUGGUCUGUGCCAAGUGUGCCCAGGGAUGCAUCUGCAAAGGGGCUUUGGAAAAGUGCAGCUGCUGUGCCUGAUGUUGGGACUGCCCUGCUCUCAGAUGAAAACAGAAUGACACGUAAAAUCCAGGAUUUUUUUUUUCUACAACCCCGACCCAUUUGCUACAUUCCUCUUUUUUCUGUGAAAUAUGUGAAUAAUAAUUAAACACUUAGACUUGA